UUUUUUUUUUUUUUUUUUUUUUUUUGUAUUUUUCUUUGUGCGAAAGCAAUAAAAGCUGAUGUGUGAUAUAAAAAUACUUCUUAAUUAAUAAAGAUUAAAACACCAGAAGAUAAAAAAAAAAAAUAAAAAUUAAAAAAAUUAAUAAAUAAAAGCAAUCCCACUAAACCCUUACCAUAUACCUAAAUAGCACUUUGGUAAACAGUUAAACUGUUUUAUAAAAUUUAGAAGCAACUCAAACGCAAUAAUAAGAAACAAAAAUCAAUCGCAAUUUAUUAGAAAGAAAAAAAAAAAAAAAAGAAAAGAAAAUAAAAGAAAAGAAAAAAAGGCGAAGGCAAUCUUAUAAAACGUUCCUUAUCAUCAUCCGAAACGAAUUCGUUAUAACGUAAAUUUUACCUUUUGUGUAAAAUGAUUGAAUGGUCGCUUCCUUAGUGCAUAAUAGACAUUUUUCGUGGAAUAUGAAUUUUAUAUUGAAUGAAUGAAAACAAAAAAAAACAGAAAAUUGAAUUGAAUUGAAUUGAAUCGAAAAUCGUAAAACCUCUGCCACAUAGACAUAGUAUCGUUUUUUAACUCCACACUUGUCGUAUUUUGUGCUUGACAAUCUCAGUUGUAAUUCAAUAGAGCGGCGAAGGCAAAAAUUCUAUCAUUAAAUAUCCGCAUCCGUAUAAUGAACAGCAGUGCUAAUCAUCAUCCAUUUGGCAGUAAUAAAAAUCACUUCGAAAAUCAGGAAAAUGACGUUUUUGCAGACGAUAAUGAGGAAACGUCUUCUAUGGUUCACUGCAACUUUAGUUACUUGUUUAAUUGUGAUAUUGCAUAUGCCCCCGCCUGCCCAAUCAUUACCGUUGACAUCGAAGGAAGAGCAUGCCUCAAGUCGACGUUACUGUAGUACAGCGCUAUUCGAAGCUAUACGCAUUAUAUGCGGAGGUCGUUAUAACUCUUUAGGCAAGCGAUACCCUGACAGUUUUGGCAAUUAUCGUACAAGUACUUUAAAACGUUUGGUGCCAGAUGAUGAUAUAAUCUAUAGACCAUCGUUUGGUGGAGCAGCACAUGAAUGCUGUCGACGUCCUUGCGGCUACUCAGAAUUGCAAGCAUAUUGUGCGGAUUAAUAUAUUAAUAAUCUCUUCGUCCCUCCCCGCCUCGCCAUUUUUAUCUUUGUAGUCUAACGGUUGCUCUUCAUACCAUAUC